AAUUACUGAAAUCUGGCAGCAGGCAGAAUAUCCGUGAUGGACCCAGCUGCUGCAUUCCCCCACAAAUCUGUGAAUCGGAUCUUUCACUUACUGGAAAUGUACUUGGAGGCAGCUUCGUUCCAAGAAAUCUUUUACUCCUUUGUUCCUCGCACAGCCACGAGAGAGCUUUUUUCAAUGCAGCUUUCAAUCCGCGGGAACAAAAACGUUCAAUCGCUGGCUAGAAGUCUGUCUCUAGAACCUUGCUUUGCAAUUGGGGAAGUCUUCGUGCAAGCUCUUCGCGGGGAGAAGCACAGACGGAGAGAUGUCAUGGCGCCCCCAGUACCGCAGUUCAAAGUUUCGAAACGUCUACGGGAAAGUGGCGAACCGAGAGCACUGCUUUGACGGGGUCCCGAUCACCAAGAACGUGCAUGACAACCACUUCUGCGCGGUGAAUGCCAAGUUCCUCGCCAUAGUAACGGAGAGCGCUGGCGGCGGGUCCUUCCUGGUCAUUCCGCUGGAACAAACCGGUCGGAUAGAACCAAACUAUCCAAAAGUCUGUGGUCACCAGGGCAACGUGCUUGAUAUCAAGUGGAAUCCUUUUAUUGAAAACAUCAUCGCUUCUUGCUCGGAAGACACCUCGGUGCGGAUAUGGGAAAUUCCAGAGGGCGGCUUGAAGCGGAACAUGACCGAAGCUGUUCUAGAGCUCUAUGGGCACAGCCGCCGGGUUGGUCUCGUGGAAUGGCACCCAACUGCCAACAAUGUCUUGUUCAGUGCCGGAUACGACUACAAGGUUCUGAUCUGGAACCUCGACAUUGGAGAGCCGGUGAAGAUGAUAGAUUGCCAUACGGACGUCAUUCUCUGCAUGUCCUUCAAUACCGACGGCAGCCUUCUGUCUACCACCUGCAAAGACAAGAAGCUGCGGCUGAUAGAGCCGCGUUCGGGCAAAGUCCUUCAGGAAGCCAGCUGCAAGAACCAUCGUGUGAACCGGGUGGUCUUUCUAGGGAACGUGAAGCGGCUGCUGACGACCGGCGUCUCGAGGUGGAAUACGAGGCAGAUCGCACUCUGGGAUCAGGAAGACCUGGCCAUGCCCCUCGUCGAGGAGGAGAUCGAUGGGCUGUCGGGGCUCUUGUUUCCGUUCUACGACGCUGACACGCACAUGCUGUACUUGGCCGGAAAGGGAGACGGGAACAUCCGCUACUAUGAAAUCGGCACCGAAAAGCCCUACCUGAACUAUCUCAUGGAGUUUCGCUCUCCGGCCCCGCAGAAAGGACUGGGGGUGAUGCCAAAGCACGGCCUGGACGUCUCUGCCUGUGAGGUGUUCCGCUUCUACAAACUGGUUACCUUAAAGGGUCUGAUUGAGCCCAUCUCGAUGAUCGUGCCACGGAGGUCCGAGACGUACCAAGAGGAUAUUUACCCGAUGACGCCAGGCACGGAACCAGCCCUGACCCCGGACGAAUGGCUGAGCGGAAUGAACAGAGAUCCCAUAUUGAUGUCUCUGAAGGAGGGCUAUAAAAAAACAUCCAAAGUUGUCUUUAAAGCACCGAUAAGAGAGAAAAAAAGUGUUGUGGUCAAUGGAAUAGAUUUGCUCGAAAACGUGCCCCCCAGGACGGAGAAUGAGCUCCUCAGAAUGUUCUUUCGGCAACAGGAUGAGAUCCGGCGGUUGAAAGAAGAGCUCUCGCAGAAAGAUAUCAGAAUUCGACAACUGCAGCUGGAGUUGAAAAACUUACGGAACAGCCCGAAAAAUAAUUAAUUAACCUCGAGAGACACUUUAUAAAUAAAGUUUCUUUGUUUCUACUUGCUCUUUUAUUUUACCGGAUCCACUUACACAGAAGAUGAGCCACAUGGCCUGUCAAGAGGCCACAUGCUAACUGGAAAUACGUCCUUGUAGUCUUAUCUAGCACUAAAUAAAUAAAUAAAAGACUUGUACACUAUAACUGAAAAUAACUGCAUGAAAGGAAGCUGGGUAUGUAUUUAUAUUCCAGCGUUUUUCGUGGAGUAAGUAGAACAAUGUAUUCUCUAUAUCUAAAGACGACGGAGCUAACCAGUAAGGCACAACUUAACUUUAACUUAAAAUGGAGAGAGAAUGAAGGAUGCCCCUAUGAAAGCAAUAUGGUUUAUUGCUGUUAACUUUUUCCUAUGCAAAGCCUGACAAUGAAUGCACGCAGCCUACCAAACUGGAAUUGUAACUCACUUAACGGUCACCUCAAAUCAAGGGCUUAAUUCACAAACGUUCUCUCCAAAUCCUCUGGCCCUGGCCUUUGUUUGAAGUAGGUUCAGGAAAACCUGCCCUUCACCCUGGCAUUGGUUGCAAACGUUUCCUUGUCGGGAGAGAGGUAGCGAAAUUUGACGUGUGUCUUAGGACGUGGCUUCAUGAUCCAAUUUUCAAGUUCCUUACUCAAUUGCUAUACUCCUCUGUGACCUUACUUUGUCAGUUGCUUGCGUUUCUCUUUAUGGAAACCUGUCCUUCUCCUUAGCAGGAUGGGGGCUGGUUGGAUAGAGAGUUUGUUUGGUUGGGGUUUUUUUAAACUAUCUGAGGUUUCCUAAAAGCAGUGAGUCUCUCUUCCCUGAUGUGCUAAGAGGGACCCGAGAGUCCUAGUUUCUCCUGGUGAUAACUCCGCCCUCGUAUACAAGCGGCAAGCAGCAAA